UAUUAACUAGAUCUCAUUUAAUUACAAUUAUUAAUGUUGCUGUUUAUAAUCAUCACAAUUCUCGUUAGUAUCGCCGCCGGUGAAGAGUGCAAAAAAGUAAUCGAGAAUAUAAUUUUAGUCAAUGGCACAGAUGAGCUAACAUCCAUUAUUAUAUGGUUUCCAGACAACAUAAGUGCUCACAAUAAAUACAAUAUAUGUUCUGAAACAACUGGAAAGCCUCUAGAGCGUACAUGCUCCGAAGAAAAUGGUUCUGUUAAAUGGAUUGAUAAUAAUAAAAGUAGUAAAUAUGUUAGUUGUACACAAAUCGUAAACAAAUGUGCAGAUGAAACAUUGGAACUCUUUUAUAGAAAUGACAAUAAUGUGCUGAAGAAAUAUCUCAAUAAAUGGCUGUCGGCAGAUGUAGAGGAUGUUGGCCGUCUGGAAAAACCUUGUUAUUUAAAAACAGGAUUGUUAACACGAAAAUGUGAAUAUAAUUCAACCAAUCACAAUAAGUUAUGGAAAAAGUCAGAUGAGGAAAAAGAAAACUUAGUUUGCUGGGAAAAAGAAUAUUCUGAAAAGGAACAAAAUAAUAUUUUAAACAAAGAAGAUUUAUUUACUUUAAAUCAAGAUGUUACUGAUCUUAAAUUAUAUAAAACAAACCCAAAAGUUGCUAUUGCCAAAUCAAUCAAAUUUCUAAAAGCUGACGAAGAAAAACGAACACCGGCCCACAUAAACGCUAUCCAUAAUAUUUUAGAGGUAAUUUUAGCUCAAGAUGAAAAGCCGGAACUGGUACCAGAUAUUUUAAAUUUAACCAAUACUUUAAUGCAAACCGAUGCUGAGGUCAUCAAAGAUUCCAACUGUACUAACGAGAUUUUUUCUAUAAUGGAUUCGUAUUUGAAUAAUAUGGCAAAACAAUUAGUACCUGCCAAUAAAUGCAAAUCUAUUAAUGAUGGUAUUUACAUGGCAACUGUGUCAAAGGCCAGCUUAUUUUUUAUAAAUCCAUUAUGCUCCAAUAUUUCUGGUGUGGCCAUUUUUAAUUCCGAUAAUUCUACAGCCUUGAAACGUCUAUACGAUCAGCAUUCAAAUAACUAUUAUCAUUUUAUAUACUUAAAUCAAUCACUCGAUAAACUUUUAGAAGAACCGGAUCUAGAGGUAGCCACCUAUUUUCCAUUUGAUUUAUGGAAUAGUAUUAUUACAAAAACUGGUACUAAAAAUGAUACCAUUUUGAAAAUUAUGUUACUAAAAAAUGAUGUACUUUUUGUAAAUCAAACUGUAAUGGAGCAUAAACCCAUUAAGAGUGUUUUGGAAAUAACUUUAAUUGAUUAUAAGGAAAAAUUACCCAGUGCCUUGCCAUUUAUUUUCAACAAUACAAGAUAUAAGAAAAAUGCAAAACCUGAUUGCGGCUACUGGAACAAGACCACAUGGAUAACGAAAGGAACUAAUACAUCCUAUGUAAUUAAUAGCCAAAAUGAAGAGCUUCUACUUUGCAAUACAUCGCAUUUAACACCGUUUUCUAUCUUACUUAACUUAGAGAUUAUGGAUACCUUUAAUGACAGUGCAUUGGAUAUGAUUUCUGCUCUCGGUUGUGGCCUAUCGUUGUUUGGUCUCGCCUGCAUUUGGUUGACAGCUGUCUGUUUUCCUAAGUGGCGUGAACACUCGACGAAUAAAGUAAUAUUGAACAUUUGCUUUGUUCUUACUCUCAUUAUGAUAUUCUUUUUGCUGCUGAAUAUACCAGACUUUAAAGCUGUAAUAUUUGAUAUUAAUAAUUACAUGCACUGUCUGAUAACGGGAGCAUUUUUGCAAUAUAUUGUUUUGGUGCUAUUCAUGUGGAUGCUUUCUAUAGCGGUCUUACAAUAUCAGCGCUUUGUUAAAGUUUAUAAUAGUGAAAUGGGCAGUAAUUUUAUAAGAAAAUUUUUUAUUGUAUCCUGGGGUCUGCCGCUAAUACCCACUGUUUUAUUAGUCCGCUAUAAGCCUGAUGCCUAUAUGCCUAAUGCAAAAAGUAAUGCGGAGAAUACAGCUAUUUGUUAUCCUUCAGGAUAUGGUUUCUAUUUGGGUGUUAUGCUGCCAAUGGUCUUAAUAAUUAUUGCAAAUGUGAGCAUAUUUGGUAAUAUAAUACUAAAUCUACUUUUAUCGAAUAUUCAGUUUAAAAAUCAACGUACUCGUAAGCAGAUAUUAAGACAAGUAUAUCUAUCGAUAUUGCUGUUUUUCCUGUUGGGUAUAUCAUGGAUUUUUGGAAUGCUAGCACAUUUGGAGAGUAGUCCCGUCUUUUCUUACAUUUUUUGUUUAACAUCGACUCUUCAAGGAUUUGUUAUGUUUAUUUAUUUUAUUAUCAUAAAUAAAAACACUCGUUCAAUAUGGUGGAAUUUAAUAUGCGGUAUUCAAAAUUCACAAACAAGAAACAGAGUGCUGUGAAUUUAUUUAAAUAAAAAUUAUAUGU